AUGCCGGAGCUGUUGUUUGAAAAGACAUACGCUUAUCCUUCGAAGUCAUUGCAUUCCAACAUCCUGGAGUGGCUUGCGCCGAAACUGGUGCUCGCUACAGAGUUGGGGCUCGAUGAAGAUGUGACUGCGGCCGGAUCUAAUACUGCCCCCCUGACAAUGCCGCUGGACACCCAUAUACCUCAGUUUGAUUAUAACGAACUGAUCCGCUGCCCCCGGUUUGUUAAAGCUGAUGUGAUUGUCCUGGAAGGAACUAAUAAUUCAGACUCCCAAUGGUCAUUCUCAUCGUCUGGUGGCGAUAGUUUGGUGACACCUUCAGUACAGAAGACACUGUCGCAUACAUCUUCGUCGCAAACGAAUCAGACAUAUACUCCGGCUAAAGUUGACCUAACGCCACCACGUCGAGUUCUGAUUUGUGAUAACGACGAUGAGGCGCUGCUAUUGCUUGAGCAAUACACUCAUAACAAUUGCAUAUAUCAAAAACCACAACGGAAGCCGAUUCAACUUGGAACUCCCGCGGUGCUUCGACCAAUCAGGCUGAUGCCGUCCCUUCCUACUGUCCUGCUAGAUGAGUUAGAUUAUCUGGCAAUUGUUGAUUUGGAAUACAAGGGGGCUCCAACCAAAAGGCACUGGAUACCAAAUAGUACAACCUCAAAUUGCAUGAAGUGUUACCACCAAUUUGCCACCAUACCCUUAAUAGGACAAGGUUGUCUGCGUCAUCAUUGUCGUGUAUGCGGUGGGCUCUACUGCAGUCGGUGUAUUGCUACUGGCUCCAACGUUACCAUUGAUCGCCAGGCGCGAUUUGUUUAUAAUGUAACAGGAGUUUCGUCCGCCUCCAAAGUUUGCCAUCGAUGCGUGGGAGUGUAUCGUCGAUUACAGACGGAAGUUAAAAAUCGAAAUUUGACAACGCCUAUCAACGUUACCAACCCGUUCAUUCAAAGAUCCAACUGUAUCGUCUUCAAUGACGGCGAUGACUUGAGAUUGCCCGUGGAACAGAAGCCGUCUAAGCGAUUGAGCAUAGUUCCUGAUGAUGGAAUUGUGUGGCUGUCAUUUUGA